AUGCCUGUGGAUCUAUAUAAUGAAAAGGCUCAGACUCAACUCAAUGAACAAGAUACAUAUAAGAAAUUAUCGAAAGACCCAACCACCAGCAUACAAAACAAGCUAAACAAACUUGUUGCACUCCUACAUAAACGAGGGCAUAUCGAUGACGCAACGCUAAAGUUUUUGAAAUGUAACAACGGUACUUGCCCCAAACUUUAUUUCUUACCUAAGGUUCACAAAACCGACUGUCCCUUACGACCAAUAGUAAGUUACGUGGGUUCUCCCCUUUAUAAUUUGAGCAAAUUUUUGGCAGAACUUUUGAUUAAUGUGUUUGAGAAGGAUGAAAAGUACGUUAAGGAUUCUUUUCAGUUUGUUGAGGACUUGGCCAAUGUCAGCAUUCCGGAGAACUUUAUUUUAGUCUCAUUAGAUGUCUCUUCAUUGUUCACUAACAUCCCGAUUGAACUUGCGGUUGAAUUAGUUAGGAGGCACUGGUCUAAAGUCGAACCACACACUCGUUUGACAGUGGAUGAAUUCGUACAAUUAUUCGAAUUCUGCGUUGACAACAGUUAUUUCGUUUUCAACGAUCAGUUCUUUUGCCAGGUUUUUGGACUUGGCAUGGGUAACUGUUUGGCACCCAUUGUAUCAGACAUAGUCAUGUCAGAUUUACAGAAUUCCGCUUUAUCUGCAUUACCUUUCAGAGUACCGAUAUAUAAAAGGUACGUUGAUGACAUUUUCACCUCAAUACCUUCAGACGGUGUUGGUGUCAUUCUUGAUGCCUUCAAUUCCUUCCAUCCACGUUUACAGUUUACUUUAGAGACGGAAAGGAAUAAUUCAUUGCCUUUUCUUGAUGUUCGUGUCAUCAGGUCAUCGGGUUGUUUAAGAACUGAUUGGUACCGUAAACCAACCUUCUCUGAGAGAUUUUUGAAUUUCAACUCUCAGCAUCCUUUCACUCAUAAGAUUAAUCUCAUAGAAAAUCUGAAGUUUAGAGCUACUCAUUUAGCCAGCACAGAGUUUCACGUUGAUAAUAUGAACAAAAUUAAAAGUUUUUUGAUUAAGAAUAAUUAUCCGGUAUCAUUGAUUCGAAGAAUUUUAAACAAAAAUGAUUCAACACACCUAAAACCACUACUAACCACAGCUAAAAGAUAUUUUAAGAUUCCCUAUAUACAGGGUUUAUCUGAAAGGGUGAGUCAACUCUUAAGAGAUCAAAUAGUUGAAAUUGCCUUCAAACCAGCCAAUACCGUCGGGGGAUUUUAUUCCAAGUUGAAGUCGAAAACUGCUCUUGGCUUAAGAUCUGGUGUUAUCUAUAGUAUCCCUUGCAGAGAGUGUAACAAAGUAUAUAUAGGACAAACUAACAGGUAUCUGAGAACUAGAUUGACUGAACAUAAAAGAGACUGUGUCAAUAUACACAAUCCAACUAAAAUGAAAGAUAACAACACUGCAUUAGCUGAACAUUCUUUCAAUGAAUUACACUCGUUCGAUUUCGAUAGUGUUAAGAUACUUCAUUGCCAAACUAAUUUAAGUAAAAGGUUGUUUUGUGAAAUGCUGGAAAUAAAAAAAGAAGUAAAUUCUCUCAAUAAGAGAAGUGACAUUGAGAAUUUGAACACGGCCUAUUUCAAUAUAAUCCAAAGAAUAAGAAAUCUCACAUCUUAA